GACCUCGGCUCUUUGAAGAGUCUGAAGCGGUUCCCUUUGCACAUGCGCAGAUCUUAGCAGCAGCUGCUGGUUACUAUGACAACGGUGGACAACAGCUUUCCUUCCGUGACUGUCCCAGCAUCCUCCGCGGCCCCCGCACCGGAGACUCAUCGCAGGGGUUGGCUGCCAUUUAUCAGAGCUGCAUGUGAUGGUGGAUGUGACACCAUGAACAUCCCUGAGGUGGAGGAGCACAUCUCUCAGAAGUACGACAUCAAGAAGCGCCUGGGAAAGGGGGCAUACGGCAUCGUCUGGAAGGCCAUCGACCGCAAAACUGGAGAAAUUGUUGCUGUGAAAAAAAUCUUUGAUGCGUUUAGAAAUAGGACGGAUGCCCAGCGAACGUUCCGGGAAAUCAUGUUUCUUCAGGAAUUUGGGGAGCAUCCAAAUAUCAUCAAACUGCUGAACGUCAUCCGAGCGCAGAACGACAAAGACAUCUACCUGGUGUUCGAGUACAUGGAGACGGAUCUUCACGCUGUGAUUAAGAAGGGGAAUCUCCUGAAGGACAUCCACAUGCGCUACAUCCUCUACCAGCUGCUGAAGGCCACCAAGUUCCUGCAUUCUGGGAAUGUCAUCCACAGAGACCAGAAGCCCUCUAAUAUCCUGCUGGAUGCAGACUGUCUGGUGAAGCUGUGUGACUUCGGACUGGCACGCUCUCUCUAUCAGAUCCAGGAGGAUUCUGGGAAUCCAGCGCUCACGGAGUAUGUGGCCACCCGCUGGUACCGUGCUCCAGAAAUAUUACUGGCAUCUCACAGGUACACAAAGGGCGUGGACAUGUGGAGUGUGGGCUGCAUCCUGGCGGAGAUGCUGCUGGGCAAACCGCUCUUCCCGGGAACCUCCACCAUUAACCAGAUAGAGCGCAUCAUGAGCUUCAUCCCCGCGCCUUCUCAGGAAGACAUCUUGGCUAUAAAGUCAGAAUAUGGCGCCUCGAUGAUCAGCCGGAUGAACAGCCGUCAGAAGACUCCUCUGCUGGAGCUGCUGCCUGCGACCUGCCCCCCAGAAGCCAUCGACCUGCUCAGUAAACUCCUCGUCUUCAACCCAGACAAGAGGCUGACGGCCGAAGAGGCCCUGGAGCAUCCGUAUGUGCGCAGGUUUCACUCUGCGGUUCGGGAGCCGGCGCUGGAUUAUGACGUCAUUCUCCCUCUGGAUGACGACAUUCAGCUCUCUGUGGCAGAGUACAGGAACAAGUUGUAUGAGAUGAUUCUUGAAAGAAAAAGCAACACACGGAGGCAGAAACGGGAGACCCUUAAAGAGAGCCUCCAACCCUCGGCCAAACAUCCACAGAAUGCAGGUGGUCAGCAGGCAAAGGAGAAGGACCUGGCGCCCCCCAUACCCAGCACCAACCAUGGACCCGCGGGGAAAACCGUCGUUAGUGAAUCUGCCCCAAAACCUGAGAGCGGUGUGCAGAGCAGCCUGCCGCCGGGGCCGAAGUCUCCUGUAUACAACCCCAUAACCCACAGCGUCAGCCAGCUGGGGUCCGGCCAUUGGCGAGGAGCUCCCCAGAUGAGAAGAUCAGGAAGUCAGCAAAGUCAGGAGCCCACCAUGGCCUCGGGUGCACAAGGGGUCAAUAAGAGCCUGGAGCCGCGGGGAAGAACCGCCCCCCUCACAAGGGCCCGCUCCUUCUCACUGACUCAGCAGGCGAGGGCCGCUGCCCCCAACAACCCUCUGACACGGAAGGACACCGUGCCCACCGCAACCGUGAGCGUGGCAGCCGUCAGCGCCAGACUGAACCAGCGCACUCCAGUAGUUCCGGGCCGUGAUGUCAGAUCAGUUCAGAAGUUCAGUAAGAAGAUGUUUCAGGGGGCCUCCAAUGUGGGUACGGCCGGUGACCCCAAAGCGUCGCUGCACAGUUACACGCAGGCCUAUGGAACGAUCAGUAAGUCGGCGCUGCAGAACCUGCCGCUCCAGAGCGCUACACAGGACGACAAGUGACGGACAAAGACACUGGGGAGGAAUCCACAGAAGAAAACUGGCUGCUGUUGGCCCUGUCGUCCAGGGGCCCGAGCCUUGUCCUGUACAGAGGCAGGUCCUUCUUCGCUGCAGCUCUUGAAGUGCCUUUUUCCAAUAGAGAUGACGUCCCGGGGUCCAUUUCCAGUGGUGACGCCCGUCAUCUGCAGAACUUGUGCCUUGUACAUAUCCAGCCCUGGGAGCACUGGUCAGGCAAUAAGCACAGUGCAGUGAGGUCCGGGGAGGUACAUCCGUGCGCCUCACACCUUCUGGUCAUGUGAUCAUGUUGUGUUUUAUACUGAUAAUAGAGGUGGAUUAUUUAU